UCACAUGAUCUGGAACGUUCACUGUGCCGGAAACAUGGAUGCUUAGCGAAACAGAACUACAUGAUGUCAACAAUGCAGUUAUAUUCUACUAUAGACUAAUUUCAAAACCGGGAAUUCCUCGAUAUUUCAAAUCAACCCUCACGAUAAUGAAGCUGCGUGUCCAGCUGCAGUGUAAGAAUUUGCAUGAAUACCUGAGAGAGCUGAGUCCUGACAUACUGGACAAACUCUACAACCAUCCAGCAACAUGUCUGGCUGUCUACAGGGAACUCCCUUCUCUGGCCAAGAAUUAUGUGAUGCGUAUGCUGUUCCUGGAUCAGCCCCUGCCCCAGGCAGCAGUGGCAUUGUGGGUGAAAAAAGACAGUCAGAAGGAUCAUGAUGAAUGUGUCUCAGUGUUGGCGGGACUCCGCCUCUGGCACAGUCAGCAGCUGCAGGGCGGCCUGCAGGGAUACAUUUUAAACCCAGUGUUCAAAGACAACCUGAGGAUAGCCCUGCUCGGCGGGGGCCGGGCGUGGGCCGACGAGGGCAGCACUCUGGGUCCCGACCGCCACGCACGGGACAUCGAGAGUCUCGACCGCUACGCCAUGGAGCGCUGGGAGGUCAUUCUGCAUUUCAUGGUGGGUUCUCCCAGUGCCGCUGUCAGCCAGGACCUGGCUCAGCUGCUGGUUCAAGCAGGCCUCAUGAAAAGUGAGGCAGGAGAAGCGCCCUACAUCACCUCAGCCGGUUUCCAGUUCCUCCUACUGGACACAGCCUCUCAGCUGUGGUACUUCACCCUGCAGUACCUCAAAACUGCUCAGUCCAGAGGGAUGGACCUGGUGGAGAUCCUGUCAUUCUUAUUCCAGCUCAGCUUCUCGACUCUGGGCAGAGAUUACUCGGUGGAGGGCAUGAGCGAAUCAUUACUCACCUUCCUGCAGCACCUGCGGGAGUUUGGACUGGUCUUCCAGAGGAAGAGGAAGUCGAGGCGGUACUACCCCACCAGGCUGGCCAUCACUCUGGCAGCGGGGGUCACCACCAGCUCCCCCUCCUCCUCAUCCUCCUCCUCCUCAUCCUCCUCCAACUUGGCUUCCACUCCUAGUACUGGAGAUGCUGGCUUCAUUGUGGUGGAAACCAAUUAUCGCAUCUAUGCCUACACAAACUCAGAACUUCAGAUCGCUCUGGUGGCUCUCUUCAGUGAAAUGCUGUAUCGUUUUCCCAACGUGGUGGUUGCUCAGGUAACGAGGGAGUCAGUGCAACAGGCCAUCGCCAACGGCAUCACUGCACAGCAGAUUAUCCACUUUCUAAGGACCAGAGCUCACUCCGUCAUGCACAAACAGACCCCAGUGCUGCCUCCAACCAUAACCGAUCAGAUCAGACUGUGGGAGCUGGAGAGAGAUCGGCUGCAGUUCACAGAGGGAGUGCUCUACAACCAGUUCCUCUCCCAGGCGGACUUCGAGGUGCUGCGAGACAGAGCUCAGGGUUUGGGCUGUCUGGUGUGGCAGGACGUGGCUCACAGGGUGAUGGUGGUGACGCCGCAGGGACACAGCGAGGUCAAGAGGUUCUGGAAGCGACAGAAGUCUCACACGUAAAUGGCGACACAAAGGAAAAACGUUCACCUCUGUUCAUUCUUCUUUCCUUUUUGAGUAGUGAAUGACUGUUUUAUAUACUGCAAAUAAAGCAAAUGAUGUUGAA